AUGACUAGUUACGAAAAUGGUUUGGAAGCUGAACAAGAGGAUACAAAAUCCUUAUCUUCUGAACAUGAAGUAGACCCUAUUGGGGGAACACGUUUGGAAGAGACAAAAGAUGAAGAUGUAACAGAAGACAAUGUUGAAUGUGGCAUUAACGAAGAAUGGACCGAACCUGAUAUUGCGCAAUGGAGGAGCUUGCUUCAAUUUUUGGAUAUUGACAAAGAACCAGAACAUAUACAGUUUUCGGACUUCGAAUGGAAGGAGUUUGUAAGUAUUGAACAAGCAGAAUCUUUUCAUUUUUUGUAUGUGAAAAUGAUGGGGUUUAGUGUUAGAAAAAAACUGAAGAGGGAGGACAAAAAAUGUAUUUUACACAUUAGAAGUUGGGUGUGUUCAAACGAAGGUUUUAGAGAACAAAAAUAUUGUAAUCUUGAUAAUAGGUGUAAAGAAGCUCGUGCUCUAACAAGAAGAGGUUGUAAUGCAGAGUUUAGAAUAAAUUUAAAUAGGGAAACUAACUGCUGGAUUACUAAGUGUUUUAAUAACCACCACAACCAUAAGUUUGCCUUCUUUCGUGAAAAACCAUUUCUUAGAUCUCAUAGAAUAUUUAGGGACGAGAUGAGGGAACAAGUUAUGUCAAUGAAGAGAGCCGGAAUUAAGACAUCCCAAAUUUGGAAUUACAUGGUAGAAGUUCAUGAUGGUUGGGAAAAUGUGGGAUGUAUCAAAGAUGACUUGUGCAAGAGAAUCUGUAAAAAAUAUUCAACUUGGGAUGAUUGUGAUACGUCCACAACAAUGGGGUAUCUCGAAGCAAAAAAAGGGUCGGACAACAUGUUUUUCUACAAGUAUGAUGUAGAUAAAGAAAAUAGAUUGACAAAUUUAUUCUGCUCUGACGGGACUUCCCAGGUUGAUUACAAAUUAUUUGGUGAUUGUUUGGCUUUUGAUUCUACUUCCAAAACCAAUAGGUAUGGAAAGCCAUUAGUAAUACUACUUGGGUCUAAUAAUCAUGACAAAGCGUGUGUGUUUGGAGCUGCACUUCUUGAUAAUGAGACUUCGACCACAUAUGAUUGGGUAUUGGAAACAUUUUUAGAGUGCAUGGGUGGUAAGAUGCAGUCAGCAGUUUUGACGGAUGGUUGCAAAGCAAUGAACAAAACAUUGGAUAAUAUUAUGCCUGGUGUUCCACAUCGUAUUUGUUCGUGGCACAUACUAAAAAAUGCAAUGCACCAUGUACACAAUAUAGCAUUCCAUCAAGAAUUUAAAAAAAUUAUUUUCAGGUAUUACAAGGAGGAAGAAUGGGAGGAUAAUUGGAAAGUGACUGUGAAUAAAUAUAGAUUGACAGGAAAUGCAUGGGUGGAAGCACAAUAUGGCACAAGAAAGCAGUAG